CCAAACAAGGUUCAGCUGUGUGAUCUCCUGACACUCAGGAAAUAUAGUUCCAUCAUGCAGCUAUGGGUAAAUUUGUCAUUAACCUAAAGAAAGGAUUGGUCCCUAACUUGUGUCUCAUGUGGGAUUGUGGGGAUAAAGGAUUUGGGGAUUCAGAUGCAAAUUGCAGAACACCUUGCCCUGGUGCUCUCCCUCAGGAGUUAAUGGACUCUUGACCACACACUGUACUAUGAGACCUGGUUAUUUUGUAGGACACCAGCGAGACCACAAGCGGUUCAUGGGAGUAUACAGCCAUCAUCUGCGUGAGGGUCUUUCUUCUUACGAAGCAAGGAAAGGAACUGUACAGCUGUGACUCCUUUAUCCGCUUCAGACAAAAGGAAGACAGGCAAGGCCAUGGUGAAGUUGGCAGCUGCCCUUUUGUGUGCAGGUUGCUUUCUGCUUACGGUCACAGGCAGUGAUGACUUUGACUUAGCGGAUGCUCUUGACAAAGGUACCCCAAAGCCGCCUCCAGCUACCAAAAAGCCUUCAGUGGAUGGCAACUCCAGACCUAAGCUGUAUCCGGACCUUAGACCACACGGAGGUGGCAACGCAAACAAUGAUCCCGACUUUCACUUAGGAGAUGCCUUCGGUGCUGGUGAUGGUCCUCCUCCAAACCCUCAGCCAUACCCACGUCCACGUCCACAGCCAGGAAGCCAUAUUAAUUCUGGUGAUUUUAAUGAUUUGGAUCUCAACGAUGGGAGACCUCCACCUCCAGGACCAGCAGGGGGCAACGAGCACAUUUCAAACCAAGGUGGAAACACUGUGGAUAGUUCGGCAGCUCAAAUUUCGUCUCCUGUUGUGGUUGCAGUUGUGCUGUUAGCCUGUGGGGCAAUAGCGGGCUACACUGCUUACAAGAAAAAGAGAUACUGUUUUAAACCGAGAGGUGGGGCAGUUGUCUAAACCAUCAAGAAACCAACUGAGAAAUACUGACCUCCAGAAGAUCAUCUAUAAACUCUCAUGCACUGUGUUACAUUUAUGUAUAAAUUCUCCCAUUGAGAUUUUCAGUAAUGACAUUUUCCUUGAGUGAAAACUGUUAACCAAUAUUUCAAACCUAGAGACUAAUUAAUUGCACACAACUACAUGAGAGUUCUUCAAUAAUAUGACAAAAAAUGUUUCUAAAUGUCAUACUUUGUAGGG